AUGGACACUAAUUCCAAACCCACUAUACUGUUCGUGGGUAACACCAUCCGUUAUGCUACAAACCAAUGGGAGAAAUUCCAGGAACGCUUCACAAUCAUCCCCUACACCUCUCAGUCGAAAGCUGAAUUUAUCAGCAACCUCCAACCAGGCGGUCCGUACUCGACCAUUAACGGCAUCUUCCGACCCUCAGUUUUAAAACCACAGGUAAACCUUCCUCUGCUAGACAAGGAGUUAAUUUCUCACCUACCUACAACCUGCAAGAUCAUCGCUUCCGCAAGCCAUGGGUACGACGGCAUUGAUACUGAGGAGCUGGCGCGGCGGGGUAUCUGGUACUGCAACGGUGCUGGCGGGGCAAAUGACUCCACAGCUGAUAUUGCUCUAUUCCUGAUCCUCGCGGCUUUCCGAUACACAACCUUUACCGAGGGUAGACUGCGUGAGAUGCGCGAAGCCAAAUACUUCCGUGUCGAGAAGGAUGUGAUUCCCUGUUCUAACGUGACACGCAAUCGUAUACUGGGUGUUGUGGGGAUGGGAGAAAUCGGAGUACAGAUUUCACUUAGGGCCAAGGCGUUUGGGAUGAAAAUACAUUAUUUCUGCCGAACGAGAAAGGGUGCUGAUGUUGAGGCUUCGCUGGGUGGUGCGACUUAUCAUUCCACCUUGGAAGGGAUGCUGGCGGUGGCGGACUGUCUCGUGCUGGCUUGCCCGCAUACGCCAGAGACGCAUCAUAUUUUGAAUCGGGACACGUUUGCCGUCAUGAAGAAGGGUAUUCGGGUUGUGAAUAUUGGGCGGGGUAAGUGUAUUGAUGAAGAUGCACUUGCAGAUGCCCUUGAGACUGGAAAGGUGGCGGGCGCCGGCUUAGACGUUUAUCAUGAUGAGCCGGUCAUUAACCCUAGGCUGUUGAAUAAUAUGAGGAUAACUUUGCUGCCACACAUGGGGGGUUGUUGUGCUGACACUUAUGAGAAUUUCGAACGAAUUACCAUGGAUAAUCUUGAGGCAUACUUCCACGGCGACGGCAAACCUAUCACACCGGUUAACCACGUUAAUGAAUAA